AUGCCGCGACAUGAAUUGCAGUUCAAAACCGCGUUGAAAGAACAUAUAGCAAAAAUGAUAGUUACUUGGCCCAGAAAAGAUAACUUAUAUAAUUAUACUAAACGAAUUAAUUCGAUAAAAAAUUUGGAAGAUAAGAAUGUUAUUGUACCUGUAAAUAAUUAUUCAAUUUUCUUCAACCUUCUUGCUCAUUUAACAGCAAAUUUCAAUUGUAUGAUUAAUUUAAAUUUGAAGGAAGAGAAAGGAAAGAAAGAGGAAGGAAUGUUGAAAUUUGAAAUAAUCAUCAAAAUGACUGAUUUAAACAAAAUAAUUUACCAUUUAUUCAAGAAUGAGAAGAAAGAGGAAGAGGGAGAGAAAGAGAAAGAGAAAGAGGGAAAGGGAGAAGAAAAAAUAUUAAAAUUUCAAAUAUUUGAAUAUCAUACAAGCCAUAAUUCCAGUUCAAGUGAUGAAAUUUUACAAAUGUCAACUCAAAAUACAUAG